AUGGUGAUGCCGAACGAGGUCUGCCGUCCCACCCAGACUCCUUCGGCUGUAUAUUCUAAUCAAAACAAGGCCGCUUUGGGAACCGAUGCAAUAGAAGGAGAGAUCUACAACAUACGUGGAGCCAUACUAUUUCGACCAACGCCUUACGAUAGGGAAAUUACCGGGAAGGGAGAUUCAAUCAUGGUUUAUGAUCCGAACGCAGACAUGAACUCUCCGCCAUACUGGGAGAACGACGAUCCAUCGAAGGAAGAAACAAGUCCAGUACCAGCGGGUUUCGAAAUUCGCGUGAUUGGAGCAGUCGUUGUUUUCAAACGCGUAUAG